CUUUGCACUCAAGUAAUAAUAUAAAAGAUUUUUAAAUUUAUAUUUGAUAAAUUAUUUAAAAAUUAAUUAUUUGCUAAAUAAUUAAAUUUAUUUUGAGGUUAAUUACAACAAUUGUCCAUGUGAUGCAAAUGAUUUGACAACUGGAUCAUUUACAAAUUAAUAAAAAUAAAUGAAUUAACAGUGUCUGAAUAAUUUUAUGGCUCAAAGAUUAAGUUACUAUUUAAAUCCGUUAUUGAAUUAUAAAAAUUACAUUAAAAUAAUAAAUAAAUAUAAAAAAAUGGAUUUACUGGCUCCACCUGACUCUGUUCGUGGUAUGACAACUUUAAAUCGUAAAUCAUUUGAUAAAACUGUUGAAAUACCAUGUUUAAAAUUAAAUAUAUCAACAAAUAAUUACAAUACUAUAAUGAAUAUAGCGAAGAAGUAUUUUCUUAAAUUAAAAAAAUUCAAAUCAUUCAAUCAAGACAAUGAUAAUUUGAUAAUAUAUUUAGAUCCAUGUAAAGUAGAAAAAUACGACGAUAUUGAAGAAUCAGAUCGUCAUAUUUUAAAUAAAAUUGGUAAAAUACAAUUUGAUAAGACAGAAAUAGCAUUGAAUUAUAAUAAUUGGAAUGCGGAUGAAUUAUUACGUGUUAUAUUGCCAGCAGAUAUUGAAGUACCAACUUCUUAUACUAAAGUUGGUCAUAUACUUCAUUUAAAUUUACGUAAUGAUCAAUUACCAUUUAAAAGUAUUAUUGGACAGAUUUAUUUAGACACGAUACCACAAACUAAAACAGUUGUCAAUAAAUUAAAUAAUAUUGAAACUAAGUUUCGUUAUUUUGAAAUGGAAAUACUUGCUGGUGAUGAUGAUACAGUUACGACAGUUAAAGAAAAUAAUUGUAAAUUUACAUUUGACUUUGCUAAAGUAUAUUGGAACUCAAGAUUAUGUACAGAGCAUACUAAUUUAUUAAAAUUUAUGAAUAAAAAUGAUGUACUUUAUGAUGUAUUUGCUGGUGUUGGUCCAUUUUCAGUACCAGCAGCUCGUAGAGGUAUCCAAGUAUUGGCUAAUGAUUUAAAUCCUGAAUCUUACAAGUGGUUACAGUAUAAUGCAACUGCCAAUAAAGCUAAAAAUUUAAUUUCUUUCAAUAAAGACGGCCGCGAUUUUCUACGUGAUGAAGUCAAAAAACAUUUAUUAGAAAGACGGAAAGAUAAUAAAGAUGGUUGUGAACAUAUUGCCAUGAAUUUACCGGCUAUUGCUAUUGAAUUUUGUGAUAUUUUUCGUAAUUGGAUGAAUGAUGAUGAAAUAAAAUUAAUUUCUAAUAAAUUUCCGCUUGUUCAUUUGUAUUGUUUUGUUAAAGUAAGUAAAAAUACUGACCCAAAACCUAUCGCUCAGACUUUGGUUGAAGAAACUUUGGGCACUAAAUUGACGUCUGAGUCGUUAAAAAAUAUUCAUCAUGUAAGAAACGUUGCGCCAAACAAAGAAAUGAUGAGGGUAUCAUUUUAUUUGACUGAAGAAAUUUUAAAAUCUGUGGAGCCAGUGAAAAAAAAAAUAAAACUUGAUCAGGAUUCUAAUGAUUGUGUUGAAAUAUUUGCAGAAAAUAAUGGGGAAGAACAAAAAAAUAUCAAAGACCAAAAAUGUCUUCAAGGUUGAUUCAAAACGUUCUCUUAAGGCUAAAGGUCAAUUAAAAAAAAAUAUUGGAACAAAAAAUCAACGGAACCAGUUGAAGAAAAAUGUCGAAAAAAUAAAAGCAAUAGAUAAACAAUUGGUUAAUGUACGUGCUUGUAUAAAUUCUGAAGCUAAACCAAAAGAAACUCGAGUACAAAUUCAAAAAAAAUUAUCACCAAAACCACAAAUAGAAACGUCUCAUACUGUUGACACAUUGGAUAAAUUAAAAUUAUGAUUUAUAAUGAUUGAAAUAGUUAAAUAAAAUUGUAAAUACACUUUUUAA